GUAUGGAUCCAUGUGACAACAACUAUCCAAUCAAAAAUCAUAAUACAUGACGUCGUUUACCGAGAGCCAAAUAUCAAUUUAUCGGGGAAUGCGAAAGGAAAUGUAGUUUACUUGUUUAUAUCGUGAAUAUUGAAAAGAUGAGUGUAAACAAUCCAAAUUUUCCGGUGGGUCAAGGUGACAGGCGGGUAGAUGAUACUCAGAAGCAAGAGCUAUUGACUAGGAUUCCUAAAGCUCAUAUAGGGUCGGCAGCAUCUGCACCUCUAGCUUUGAAUAUGAGCCAUGCUGUGUCAACAUACCAGGUGACAAAAACAUUGGGACGCCAGAUUGCUCCAGUUCCUGUUCUUGGAAGCCAUGCUAAACCAUUGGCUGCACAUCAGAUAACAAGUAUCAACCCUACUUCUAUUCAUAAGAAAGAGAUACAGAAAGCCCCUCUAUCUCUGACCUCGACAGCUAACAUUACCACCCUAGCUGGAACAGGUAUCAUACCUGUACAGAUCAGUGGUCCCAGCACCACUACAGCCACAAGCAGCACCUUGCAAGUGCCAAAUGUAAGCUCCAUAGUGCGCAGUUCUGUACCUACCAUACAUCAUCAGACGCAGUUCUCUCAUUUGCCAAGAGGUGUAGUUGCCUCGGCUCAAGUGAGAUCUGGCUCUUCUGUGAAUAUACAGCGACAGACCCUGCCCACAUCUAUACAAGCAACUGCCUUAAAUUUACCGGGACAAAUACGAAAUGUCAUUCCACACAUGAUACGACCCGCUACCCCACCCACUAACAGAUCUGCAUCACCAGCUAUAAGUAUAGGUUCUGCCCAAACUUCCGAUGCACAUAGAGCCAGUAUAUCCCUGCACAAUGUAACUACAGUUGGCAGCACGCCAAGUAUUCAAAUAACAUUACAAGCAUCACGGACACAGCCAGAAAUUGGCGGGAAACCUGCUGGCAGUCUGCAAGCUGCUAAAAUAAGUAACCAGGCAUUGAAUAUGACAUCACAACAGAAAGUGAUGAUGACGCCACCUUUAACACAAGUCCUUCAACAUCCAACUCUUGCUGCUAAAGGAAACAGAGGUCAGCCAGUUGGCACGGGUUCAGUUACGGUAGCUUUAUCAACAACUACUGUCACUAUACCUAUAAUAAGUUCUGGACCUACAUCUACAACCAUUCCUAUAGCAAAAGUACCGCCACAAAGACAACAACAUAUAAUACAACAAACUCCACAGAGCCACGCUGUUCCUACCACCAUCACUGUCUCCAGUCUUGCGGAACAUCGUACCGAGGCUACCAGUUUCCCCCAGCCUCAGCCGGCUCACUCUCAUACUGUCCUUGCCUCACAGAGUCAUACAGCACCUGUACACAGUACUCAGUCUCAGCUGCCAGCACAUAGUCAGCCAGCCAGUAAUUUGUUUAUGUGCCGCAAUCCAAUAGUCACUACAUCAAAUGCACCCCAUACUGAAUAUAGAGAGUCGUCUAUACCUACUAUGCCAUUUCUCCCAUACAUUACAUCACUAGAAAAUCCGUACUACCAGCAGUUGAUGAGAUGCCAAGUUGCUGCUGUAGCACAGGCUCAAGCCCGGCCUGGAAUGUUACCUAAUCAGACUACAGCGAACCUGGCAGCAUCCCUACAAGCUGCUAGCCAAGGGGUAUCACAAGCAACCAGUGGUGCGAACGUUCGUUUAAAUCAUCCGUUAAUGGUGAUGCAGGAAACUUUACGGCAAUCCCAGCCUCAUUCUGCUGCUGUUCAAGCAACCGUUGCUUCUCAAAUACAUUCUAUUGUAACAGAUGGUGCAGCCAAAGUAACAGCAGCUUUAACAAACAGUAUGGUAACCAUGGCAGCUGACAAAACAGUUCAGCAGGCAGCUAAUGCUGUGAGCGCUGUGGCAAGCAGUUUGUUCACGGCAACACAGAAUCUACAUGCUCCACAGAUAGGGCAAGCAGCCCCUAUUACAGCCAGUAAUACCCCAGUCAGUAACCCUAAUGCCUCACCUCGUCCUAGUAUACUCAGAAAGCGAACAAAUGAAGGUGUAUCUGCUGUGAAGAAGCAGCUUGCAAUGACCUCAGCAGAAGUUCACAGUCCGAGGCCUGAGGUACGACCAGACAGUACUCCACAGUCCAAUAUGAGCUCACCAAAAACUCCGGCAUCUGGGUUGAUUAAAACUGAACCCCAUCCACACACAUUAGGUCCAAGAGAAUCUCCGUUCUCUGAGAGCCAAUCAUCAACAGAUACCGCCCUCUCAAGUGAAGCAACCACACCCACACAACCUCAUGAUAAAAUUAAACAAGAAAUGCAUGAUCCUCAUGAAAAUGGUUAUACCAACAAUACUCCUGAAGCGUCACCACGGAAACGAAGAAAACAGUUGUUACAAGCAACAGAAGAGAUAAAGGACACGCCGGUCAGUGUGUUUGACAAGCUAGUAGAGGCAUGUGUAAAGGAAGAUAUGGAGUGUAAUAAUUAUACAAUGGAGGAUGAAGAUGAUGACCUAUUUGAUGAAGAUGAAGAUGAUCUUCUCUCUGAUGAUAAUAGAGGAGAGAUCAGAGAUGAGUAUGUAGAUGAUGAAGGUAUAAGAUGGACGUUGGAGAAAUGUCGACCAGGCGUAGCAUUAUUAAAUUAUUACAAUAUUUCAUGGAAACCUAGAAAUAAUCAUUUUAACAGAUACACAGAUGUUAAACCUAAAGACGAACGUCGACCUACAGUUAAUGAACUGUCAAAUCAAAAAGGGGUUGUACAGAAAGCAUCAGGUUGGAAAUUAUAUCAUAUGGCAGCACAGAUAGAAGACCUGUUUGAGUUGGAAAAAGAGUUAAAUAAUCAGCUAAGCAGUCUACAGGCAGCUAUUGGACCGGAACCUCCACUCAAGACCAGUCUGCUGGAAGAUGAGUCUGGAAUGAUUCAUGAACUCACUCAGGGCAACAUUCAGAGGUGCAAGUUAAUAUCAGAUCAAUUGAACGAUGCUAAAGCUCAAAUGUUGAAAGUGCUAGACCACAAACCUAAAAUCUCAGAAAUCAUCACAAAACAUAUGAGUAAAAGACCAAUCAAAAAGAAAGAGAGGACGUGAUACUAGCUCUAGUCACGUUUUUAUAUCUCAUCGCCCAUUGUGUAAAUUAUUCAUCUCAUCACAAAGAAUCUUGAUACCUACGUGUUUUAUGUAGUAAUGUUUUACAGUGAAAUUUGACCAGUAUGAAAGUCGAGCAGUGUCUUACAAUAUAUAACCAAUGUGUUAUGACUGGCAAUAAAUAAAUCUCAAAUAAUGAUUUUAAAAGAAGACAUUCGUUUGUUCUGAACCAAGAUUUGAAUCGGGGUUGCUCUGAGCCGAGAUUUGAAUCCGGUUGUUCUGAAUUGAGAUUUUAACCGGGUACGGAAACAACAAAAAUGAAAUUUAAGUCUUUUAUGCAAAUCUUCUUAAUCUAGUUCUAUGGUAGUUAUUUUUUUAAUCAAAUACCUGGCAGUUUGCUUCUCUCUCAAGAUCUAAAUAUGAUAUAUGAUUAAGUCUGCUAUAUUUUCUUUUACUUGUGUAUGGUUAAACACAUUCAGUGUUCCGAGGAUAAAAAAUGAUUUUAUACAGCAUGAACAUUUAUGUUCUUAAACCAUAUGUGUUCAUAUCGAAAUGUUCUUGUUUUCUUAUAAUGAAAAACCUGUAACUAACAUUGAAUGCUGAAAUGUUCUGGAAUAAAAAAAAAAUCUUUAAACUGUAACACUGUUAAAAAAACAUUAGCUACAUGUAGUUGUAUUGGUUUUUAAAACAAACUUACAUUUAUACGAAAGAUGAAAAAUGAUAGAUACACUGUACAGAUAUAGCAGGGUACCAUGCCAGUUUUUAAACAAUUUAAAUUUACUAUGACAGACAAUGAAAUUAUUUAUCACAAGUUGUAUUGUGAUCUGAUUUUAUUCACCUAUAUUUUUAGAAUAUAGCGGUAUUAAGCUUUAACAAUACUGGUUAAGUUUAUUAUUUGUGUUUGAAAGAAUUGUAUAUUUGUCUAUAUAAGUAAUUAUUAUGAAUAAGCAAUGUAAUAAUUGAAUGAUAAAAUGUUUUUAAAAGAUGA